AUGUCGUUCUCUAUCCGCCUACUGCUCAUCAGCAUUUUCCUUACCUUUGCAACACUCAUUUCUGCGCAAACGACAUCGGAAGCACCAUCAACCCCACCACCUACCAGCACUAUCCCGCCGCGAGGUAAUGGAACUUCCACCAGACCACCAGAGGUUGCACCUACAGGAUCUUCACCCCCGGAUGUGCUUCUCCGUGUCCCUGAACUGCACGUAGGCAGAAUCGAACUAGGUGUCGAGAAGCUUCAAGCAGAUCUUAACCUGAAUGCCAAGGUUGCCGGUCUCGUUCAGAUCAACGCUGGUGUCCAAGUCUCAAUCGAGAAGGUCAACAUCACUAUUGCCGAUGUAGAUGUUGAGCUUGAGUUGAUCGUACGAUUGGGCAACCUUGUCUCAAUCGUUGAGCGCGUUUUCGAUUCUUUGGACCUGAACCCUCUCCUAAUCGGUUUGAUCGGAAACGUUACGAACUUGGUUGGAGAAGUAAUCGGCGCUGUAGAUGGUCUUCUGGGAUCGAUUACGCAAAACGGAAAGACGCUGAACUUCUUGGUUGAUAACCUCGGUAACAUCGUCCAAGAGGUCGUGGGAACCGGUGGAGACGCCCUCCAGCAGAUUGUCGGAAAUUUCAAGCUCAACAUGACCGAGAUCACUGGUAGCGCAAAACAAGUUGGUCAGGGACUCACACAAAAGACCUUCUCAUACGAGCCUCUCAAUGCGCUUGUCGACAUCGUGACCAACACUGCCGGCCAAGUUGUAUCGGCCGUAGUUCAAAAGAAGAACGGUGGUGGUAGUGGUGGCGGCGCAUCAUCUACAGCUUCGGCUUCCGGUACCCCAAUGCCAGUUAGCUUGCCUGUGAGCUCAGCCACCAGCACUUCGUAG